AUGCUUCGAUCUUUUCGACUGAUUCGGUCUGCUGAAAAUUGUCAAGUCGUGUUGCGUCAUAUCAGUUAUGGAAGCGCGGCACCACACAGCGGUGAAAACUCAAGUUUUCUCUCGCUUCUGACUUUGGCAGGCGCCAUGGGCGGGGUGGCGUAUGUGUAUUACGACCCCGACGUUCUGCCGACGGGUGUCAAAAGAUGGUUGGCAAUUCAGGAGCCAGAAGGCCGGAGCAUGAGUCUUGAAGAGUACGAGCAUUGGCGAGCUCAGCAAGCAGGAUCACUAGCAGCUAUGACGCAAAGUCAUAAGGAUAAGGGUGAGCUGGUGCUCAAGCAAACAGAGCAAACAGAAAAUAUUGAGCCUCCGACAAUGGAUGACAACCUCCUGAUUCCAUACAAAGACGUAUCGCCGUUUGAGAUGAAGUUGUCGCUAGAAAAGCUUCUGGCUGAAGCGCGCGACAACGAAGCCGCUUUCAUUGCCGAUAUCAACUCCAACAGAGUCACAGUACCUGAGGAGCAGCGCCAAAUGUUGCAGGCAUUUAAGGAUGAGAAGACAAGAUUAAAAAAGCAGCUUAAGUUUCUUAAAUCCAACAAGUAG